AUGGCAAGAGACUGCACAACAAGAAGUUUGGACAACAUAGACCUAUCUGCGUUAAGAGAUCCAGCGGGGAUAUUUGAACUUGUUGAAGUGGUUGGAAAUGGAACAUAUGGACAAGUGUAUAAGGGCCGGCAUGUCAAGACAGGACAGUUGGCUGCUAUCAAGGUCAUGGACGUGACAGAGGAGGAAGAAGAUGAGAUUAAAUUGGAGAUAAAUAUGCUGAAGACAUAUUCUCAUCACAGAAACAUAGCUACAUACUAUGGUGCUUUUGUGAAGAAGAGUCCUGCAGGCCAGGAUGACCAGCUGUGGUUAGUGAUGGAGUACUGUGGAGCAGGCUCCGUCACAGACCUGGUGAAGAAGACCAAAGGGAACUGUCUGAAGGAGGACUGGAUUGCCUACAUCUGCAGAGAAGUCCUUAGAGGUCUGUCUCAUCUCCACUCACACCAUGUGAUCCAUCGUGACAUUAAAGGGCAGAAUGUGUUACUAACUGAGAAUGCUGAGGUUAAGCUGGUGGAUUUCGGUGUGAGUGCCCAGCUAGAUAGGACGAUUGGGAGGCGAAAUACAUUUAUCGGCACACCCUAUUGGAUGGCACCGGAGGUUAUCGCCUGUGACGAGAACCCCGACUCCACAUAUGACUACAGAAGUGACUUGUGGUCUCUGGGUAUUACUGCUCUGGAAAUGGCAGAGGGAGCUCCACCUCUGUGUGAUAUGCAUCCAAUGAGAGCCCUCUUUCUCAUUCCGCGUAAUCCGCCACCAAAACUCAAGUCCAGAAAAUGGUCAAAGAAGUUCCAUACAUUUGUGGAGAGCUGUUUGGUGAAGAACUACAUUCACCGCCCGUCCACCGAAACCCUUCUCCGACACUCUUUCAUUAAAGACCUACCUAAUGAGCGACAGGUGCGCAUCAUGCUUAAGGACCACUUGGACAGGACCAGAAAGAAGAAAGGCGAGAAAGAAGGUACAGAGUAUGAAUACAGUGGAAGCGAAGAUGAAGAAGAUGAGAUGAAUGAAGAUGAAGGUGAACCCAGUUCCAUCGUAAACCUUCCUGGGGAGUCCACACUAAGGAGAGAGUUUCUCCGGCUCCAGCAGGAAAACAAGAGUCGAUCAGAAGCCCAGAGACAGCAGCAGCUACAACAGCAGCAGCUCCGGGACCAAGAGAGGUACAAAAAACAACUGCUAGCCGAACGACAGAAGCGGAUAGAACAGCAACAGGAACAGCGGCGACGCUUGGAAGAUCAACAGAGACGGCAGCUGCAGGAGUCUGGUUUUCAGUGCCCAGAGCUGCAGGAGAUGAAAUGGAGGGAUGAGACUGAAAUUAACGAGAGAUGUGUAUUUGACGAUAGGAGCAAACGAAACAACAAAAAACAGCACGAAGACCCCACCAGACAACGGACAGAAGUGGGAUCACGGCCUGUGGUUCCUUUUGUUGAUCAGCGGAGGCCCGAACCACAGCCUCAGCAGCAGCAGGGUAAAAAGUUCCACCGCACAUUGCCCAAAGACCAGACGCAGCUGCUUUCGCUUCAGCACGACCACAGGCACAAGCAACGGGAGCCACAGAAGGCUGCUGGUGCCACGCCUAACUGCCCCACCAAUAGCCAGCGCAAAGUGAUGGAGGACAAAUUGCGAUUGUUGGACAGUCACCAUGCCAACCUGAACCGAAUAGCUGCAGGGUUGCCCAUACAUAUCCAGUCUAGGCUAGGCUCUGGAAGCAACUCCAGUCCCUGUACUCCAGCUCUGCAGAGAGCAGCCAUUCACCAGAAUGCCAACCUGCGCUCUAGCCGAGAGAGUCAGCACAGCAGCUCCCUGUCGGACAUGGCCACCACUCCCGUGUCUCCCACAGCCGAUGAUGUUUUUUGGGACUUCCCGAGUCCUGAGGAGCACCCCCCCAAGGUUCCUGAACGUACAACUUCAAAAUUUUACUCCAAAGAACUCUCAGGCCAUUACAGGGCUGCAUCAAGUGGAGGGUUUCAGUCUCCAGUGGAGAAAGGGGGAAGGUUCUCAUCUUCUCACAGCAGCUCAGUAAGCAGUUCUCAGUCGGGUUAUUUCAAGUUGGAGAGUCCUCUCCUCCAGAGUCGUCUUCAGCCGUACAAAAAGUCCCAGGAUGGAUGUCCAGGAGUGUUAUUACACCAGCAGGGCUUUGGCCCUGGGUCUGGACUGAAGUCCAACCUCAGUCCGUUUGUGAAAGCGACAGAGUAUUCUUCCUCCAGUGAUGAAGUGGGCAGCAGUGAUGAUGAUGAAAAGAGCAGACCUCCACAUAGCAAUGAGAAGAACAAGUUUUUCAGAGCAGCUCCUGAUGGAAUUGUUCUGCAGCCACACCACAAUCUGAACCAGCAGCAGCAGAGUGUAGCAGCCCCUAAGGGUGUGUCUCGACAGAGACCCAUCGGAUCAGAGUCCAGCGACGACUACCUUCUCCCUGAUUUACUGCACAAGAGCCCAUCUCAUGAGCCUAUGGGGCAGACCCAGCAUGACGUCUCAUUCCCCCAGUCCCCAAAUGCCCGCAGCCCCCAGUCACCUGAUAUGAGCAGCCAGCAGGGAAAGAGCAUCUCAUCAUCUUCCUCAUCGUUCACUCCAUUCAUUGACCCUCGUCUACUUCAGAUCUCUCCUCCUCAGAGUCCACAAAGCCAGAGUCCCAGCAGUGUCAAAUCAGAGCCUUUUAGGCGAGAGAACCACAGGAAGGGUUCUGUGGUUAACGUAAACCCCACGAACAUACGACCCCACAGUGACACACCAGAGAUACGCAAGUACAAGAAGAAGUUCAAUGCUGAGAUACUCUGUGCUGGUUUAUGGGGAGUGAAUCUGUUAGUUGGCACAGAGAAUGGCUUGUGGCUGCUGGAUCGUAGUGGACAGGGCAAGGUCUACUCUCUUAUCAGCCGCAGACGCUUCCAACAGAUGGAUGUGCUGGAGGGUCUCAAUGUACUCAUCACCAUCUCAGGUAAGAAGAACAAACUGAGGCUCUACUACCUGUCAUGGCUGAGGAAUAAGAUCCUUCGGAAUGACCCAGAUGUGGAGAAAAGGCAGGGCUGGACCUCAGUCGGAGACCUAGAGGGCUGUGUUCACUACAAAGUGGUUCGCUACGAAAAGAUCAAGUUCCUGGUUAUUGCCUUGAAGAAUGCUGUGGAAGUCUAUGCAUGGGCCCCCAAGCCAUACCAUAAGUUCAUGGCUUUUAAGUCAUUCACUUCGCUGCCUCAGAGACCACUGUCAGUGGACCUGACUGUGGAGGACGGACAGAGGUUAAAAGUCAUCUACGGUUCUCUGUCUGGAUUUCAUGCUAUUGACGUGGACUCUGGAACACCCUAUGAUCUCUACUUGCCUACCCAUAUCCAGGGCCUCAUCCGGCCUCAUGCCAUCAUCAUCCUGCCCAACAGUAAUGGUAUGGAGGUGCUGGUGUGCUAUGAGGAUGAGGGCGUUUAUAUCGACACCUACGGUCGCAUCACCAAGGAGACAGUGCUGCAGUGGGGCGAGAUGCCUACCUCUGUCGCCUAUCUCCAGUCAAACCAAGUCAUGGGCUGGGGGGACAAAGCCAUUGAACUGAGAUCAGCGGAAACUGGCAAUCUAGAGGGAGUCUUCAUGCACAAAAAGGCACAGAAACUCAAGUUUCUAUGUGAGAGAAACGACAAGGUAUUUUUUGCCUCUGUCCAAUCAGGAGGCAGCAGUCAGAUCUACUUCAUGACACUGGGACAGAACUCUCUUUUCAACUGGUGAUUUCUUGGACCAGAGGAAGAUGUGAGAUGUUCAGUUCAUGACGUCCUUUUGAACAACUCCUAAAAGUCAUAAAUUUCUGCAUUCAAUUUCCCCUUAUCUUGUAAAGAGUAGAUACACCAUGAUACACCAUACUUCAAUUUAUUAUUUACAUGAUG